AGUAGGACAGUAUAAAGAGCGCCUGUUUAGUGGACACAGAGUGCACUAAGGCGCAGACUAAACAGAGCGCUCAUAGCCUUACUAACUCUAUAUAGUGUAGGCUUGUGUCCUCUAUAGUCAAGGUAUGUGGACAAAACAGGAAUAUAACAUACUGUAAGUCUUCGCCGAUGAAAGCACAAGCUGGAUAAUUUGUUCGUUCAUUUUAGAAAAUUUUUUUAAUCAGCAGCAAGUCGCAGCGGAUAAACCGCAGGAUAAAUUACGCGCAGCACAAAGUGCGUCUAAAUCUCUUGACUAAAGGAUAAAAUGUGUCCGUGGUAUUCUGUUGUAUUUUUAGCUGCUUAUGCGUUCAGUGGAACUGCUUCCGAGGGGCUUGAAGCAGAGGAGAUCCUGCCUGUCCGUUUAACGGGACGCACCGGGAGACGCGCAGCGAAAAGUAAUGAAGAUCAUCAGAGUUUUAUAUUCACAGCUUUCGGACGCAGUUUUACACUGAAUCUAUACCCAGACACCAGCUUUAUAUCCCCCUCUAUGACAGUGUAUCAUGUCAGAGCGAAGGAUAUAUCUGCAGCCGUACCAGAAAGACAGGUGUCAGUUUCCGACCUAACAGAUGUGAACAAGAGUAAAACUGCAACAGCUGGAUCGGAUCUGCGACGCUGUUUCUUUACAGGAACUGUGAACUUUGAUAAUGAUUCAGUGGUGUCUGUAAGUCUCUGUCACGGCAUUGUGGGAUCGUGGGUUUGGGAUGGAGAUGAGUACCAGAUCAAACCCAAGCGAUUUGUCACUGGGACGAACGAGAGCACCAUCGACAAGCCACAUGUCAUCACAAGACAACAAGUAACCAAAACACUUGCUCAGAUAGAUGCUGGAAGUUCCCCGGUUUCAGGGAAACCCAGCAGGAUCAGCUCAGGGUCUUCCAGACGCAGACGCUUUGUCUCUGUGCCGAGAUUUAUUGAGACUCUGGUGGUGGCGGACGCUUCAGUGUCGAGCUUCUACGGUGGAGACACAAAGCACUAUGUCUUAAACCUGGUGUCCAUGGCUGCUCAGAUUUACAAGCAUCCCAGCAUUAAAAACUCUCUGAGCAUGGUGGUAGUGAAGUUGCUGAUAGUAGAAGACAAGGAGGUUGGACCGUCUGUCUCUAGUAACGGAGGCUUGGCACUGCGUAAUUUCUGUUCUUGGCAGCAGCAGUUCAACCCAUCCAGCCAGAGACAUCCUGAGCAUUAUGACACUGCUCUGCUAAUCACCAGAGAGGACAUUUGUGGCCAGCAGAGUUGUGACACACUCGGCAUAGCUGAUGUUGGGACCAUGUGUGACCCUAAAAGGAGCUGUUUUGUUAUUGAAGACAAUGGACUACAGGCGGCCUUCACGAUAGCUCACGAAUUAGGCCAUGUGAUGAGCAUGCCUCAUGACGACUCCAAGAACUGUGAGAGGUAUUUUGGAAAUCUGCCCAAGCACCAUGUUAUGGCUCCAGUUUAUACCAGCUUCAAAAAGAAGUCUCCCUGGUCCCCUUGCAGUGCAUUCUACAUCACAGAGUUCUUUGACAAUGGCCAUGGAGACUGCUUACUGGAUGCCCCUGAGAAGAUUUUGCCCUUGCCCACGGAGUUGCCCGGUCUGAUUUAUGGCCUGGACCACCAAUGCCAGCAGAUCUUUGGAGAAAAUUUCUCACAUUGUCAAAAUGCCUCUGCUGGGGAUGUGUGCAGUCAGCUUUGGUGCCAGGAGGAUGGUCAGUCUCUGUGUACCACCACAAAUGGGAGUUUGCCCUGGGCAGACGGCACAGAUUGCGCCUCUAACCGGAAGUGCUUGGAUGGUGUUUGCACUAUGUCUGCGGAGGUAAUAGAACCAAAGGAGGUGGUGGAUGGAGGCUGGGGACAGUGGGGAGAGUGGAAAUCUUGCUCUCGCUCCUGUGAUGGAGGAGUAAUGUUCUCGUAUAGAGAGUGUGAUCAGCCAGCUCCACAAAAUCAAGGGAAAUACUGUGAGGGUCAGAGAGUUCAGUAUCGCUCCUGCAAUACACAGGCCUGUGAAAGCAGCCAUGGAAAGAGCUUCCGUGAAGAACAGUGUGGGAAAUAUAACAAUCCCAAUCACUUUGAUAUUCAUGGAAAUGUCAAGCAAUGGAUACCAAAAUAUGCUGGUGUAUCACCACGGGACCGAUGCAAACUCUUUUGUAGAGCAAGAGGCAGCAGUGAAUUCAGAGUGUUUCAAGCCAAGGUCAUUGAUGGAACAGCAUGCAGUCCAGAUUCCACAUCAAUCUGUGUCCAAGGCCAGUGCAUUAAAGCUGGCUGUGAUCUCCAGAUUGGCUCCAAUAAGAAGCUUGACAAGUGUGGUGUGUGUGGUGGGAACGGCCUUAGCUGCCGGAAGAUAUCAGGCUCAUAUAAUAAAAUCCUCCAUGGGUACAGUGAUAUUGUAACAAUACCAAUAGGUGCCACCAAUAUUGACAUCAAGCAGCGGAGCCUCAAGGGCAAAAAGCAUGAUGGAAUCUAUCUAGCUAUUAAAAGAGAAAAUGAGUACUCCAAGCGAGUGUAUCAGGGAGUCCGUGUCAAGCAUACUGUCAAGGAUUUGCUGGCUGAAAAGAGAUCACGGCAAACCAGUGGCCCACGUUUUGCUGGGGUGUCCUCUCAGAACCCGCUCGUCCAAAUGGCAGGUUCCCAUUCUCUGCCAGGAUAUUAUAGCAUGAGAAGACCAAUCUUUUCUGAUGCUGAAUUUUGCUCUUCGAGCAAGCAGUUCUCAGCAGACAUCUAUUCUUCAGCACUGACAGCAAAGUCCUUCUCCUGUGACACUACACCCAUGUCUACCUACUCAUCAUUGAUAGAUAGUUACUACCCAGAGACUUUCAGUGACUACCGCAGUGCUGCUCACACUGGGGGAGGAAGUUCUCUCUUCUCGUCCCCCGCCUUGGCCGCACGGCUUCCCCCUUUUCCUGGGGACACCUCUCACUUUAUGCUGAGGGAUUCCUGGGAACAGGCCGGGAUGGAGCCUGCAGAGGGGUUGUGUGGGAACGGUUUGGCUCCAGCAACUGUGGAGCCGUCCAGCCCCAGCCAGUACCGCUCGUCCUCCAGGAGCUCCAGCAUGGGCUCGUCACAAUUUUACUCCCUCCACACGUUGGAUGAUGUGCCAUAUCACUCAUCCUUCCAGCUGCCUUCAAGUUUCCCAUGCCCAACAUAUAGUGAACAUGUAGCCAAACUCCCAGCCCUGUCCAUGGAAGACACAGACAAUGCCCCAUCGGCCCUGAAUGACAUGUUGCCAUGGGUCAAAGAAGAUGCCACUGGAGCCUGGUCACACUGUGAAAUUAGGAGAACUUUCUGAUGCAGAGCAUUUGAAUUGCAAACAUGGCAAUGCUUGGUGUACAUAGGAGGAGCAAAGGACAGGGCAUUUAAACUUUUAAAACAUCUGGAGCUAAAACUAAUUUUCGGUGGAACAAAUACAAAUAAAAUUGCUCACACUUGAACACAAAUUAAAGUAUUUCUAUUAAAACAAAACAAAACAAAACAAAACAAAACUUUAAAAAAGUGUACACAUGGAAACCAAGAGUUAUCUAAGAGGACUAAGAUUACGCUGAAUAGAGGAGAGACACAGGGCAUUCAUUUUUCUUUUUUCUUAUUUAAAUUGAAUUUAAUAUAAUAUGAUUUAGGUAUAUUCACUGAUAUAUUGAUACAUAUAAUAUUGCUAUAUUCACUGAUAAAUUGAGUGCUGUUUUUGUAUGUUUUAUGUUUUAUUAUAUUGAUUGCUUGUAAUGCUUAAAAAAUAUAAGUAAUUUUAUAUCAGUCUACA